AUGUUGUAUUCACCAGAUCUUGACCCUAGAGCGAUGGAAUACGGACGAGAACACGAACAGGACGCGAAAAAAGAUUUAGAAUUAGCAUUAGGUAUUGAAAUAAAGGAGUGUGGUUUAUACAUUGAUUCCAAUAAUGUAUUCCUGGGAGCAACCCCUGAUGGAUUAAUUGGACAUGAUACUUUGGUAGAAGUUAAAUGUCCCUUUUCGGCAGCUGAUAUGGACCCAGAAGAAGCAAUAUUGAAUAAAAAAAUUACAUUUUGGAAAAUAAACAAAAAAAAAGAAAUAACUGGGAUUAAUACAAAUCAUAAAUAUUACUAUCAAGUACAAGGACAGCUGCAAAUAACUGGAAGGAAAUAUGGAAUUAUUGUGUUUUGGACUAAAAAAGGCAUACGAUUUGAAAAAAUUGAAAGGGACGACAAUUUGUGGAAUACAAAAAUAUUUCCCAAAUUAAAACAAUUUUAUUUCAAUUGUUUGUUACCAGAGUUAGUUGAUCCUAGGCAUCCUAGAUCUAUGCCAAUUCGUAAUCCUGAUUACAUUAUAAAAGCAAAACAAAUAAAAAUGAAUAAAAAAUAG